AGCCAAACGUUUCCCAAACUAUUGAAACAAAGGGACGACACGUUUGCCGACGAAGACACCGCCGAAGAGACGGAAAUGUCGAAAGUGAUGGGCUUUUCGAAGUUCGGCCGAACGAAGAGUUCCACAAAGAAUGAGACGAAAAGCGCCCAAAAGUUUGAUAUCGAGAAACUGUUGUCCGAACGACCGAAUGCUAAUAAGUGGAAGACUUUCGGACAAUCGAGUCAAGAGUCCGACCAUAACAAGGAAUCAGAGGACAAAGAGGCUUCAGAUGAAGACACCUCCAAAUCAGACAAUAAAAGUGACAACAAAUUGACUGAAAACGUGACAAAUGUUAUCGCGACUGAAGAGGAAUCGGAUUCGGACUCAGACCUCAUCGGACCGCCACUUCCGCCCGGUUUUCAAUUGGAUUCUUCUGAGGCCACAGAAGAGAGAAACAAAAGCGACGACGAGUCGAGUGAUGGCGAAGACGACUACGAAGAAGGCUCUGGUAGUCGUUACGAUGUUAUGCCGAUUAGUCACGAGAUUGAACUAAUCCAUGGCUCUAAAUCUGUGACCGCAUUGGCUUUGGAUCCGAACGGUUCUCGAGUUGUGUCGGGAGGGGUUGACUAUGAGAUGAAAUUCUGGGACUUCCAGGGAAUGGACUCAUCAUUGCAGUCAUUCCGGGCGAUCACUCCGUGUGAAUGCCAUCCCAUUAAGAAUCUGGAGUUCUCGGCCAACGGAGACGUAAUUCUGGUGAUAUCGGGCGCCUGUAUCGCGAAGAUCGUGGACAGGGAUGGGUUCGUGAAGGGGGAGACCGUGAAAGGGGAUCAAUACAUAACAGACAUGAGUCACACCAAAGGACACGUAGCGAUGCUGAACGACGGCGGUUGGAAUCCACGGGACAAACAACAGUUCGCCACGUGUUCUAACGACGGCACGUGUCGGCUGUGGGACCUCCAGAAUCUGAAGACCCAUAAAGCGGUGCUAAAGCCCCGAUCGUCGGGCGGUUUGCGCGCCGCUCCCAACACAUGCCGUUUCACCCGUAAUACUGAACUCAUUUGUUGCGGUUGUAAUGACGGAAGCGUUCAGAUGUGGGACACCAGAAGAAGUUAUGUCAAUACGACGGCUUUGGUACGCGAGGCUCACACCAAGGGAUCGGAGAUCACUUCCAUUCAGUUCUCAUACGACGGCAACUGUCUGUUAAGUCGCGGCACUGACGACGCGCUCAAGUUGUGGGACAUGAAAAUGCUUAAGAAACCCGUCAUUGAGAUCAAAGAGCUCUUCAAUCGCUUCUCAAUGACGGACUGUUUCUUUUCGCCCGACGAUCGACUCAUAGGAACCGGUGUUUCGUGUCUUAAGGGCGAAGAAUUUGGACGACUUGUGCUGUAUUCGCGCGACACAUGCGAACUAAAGCACGAAAUAGCGGUGAGUGCGGGAGCGGUGAUCCGGUCGUCGUGGCACCCGAAGCUCAAUCAGAUACUGUGCGGCUCUUCCAAUGGUGUCGUCAAAGUAUACUACGACCCGAACCGGUCGGACAGAGGCGCCAAACUUUGUGUC